AUGGGGGAGAAAGUCGCUCCGAUGGUAGCUGAGAAUCAGCAAAAGAAGAUGGGCCACCUGCAACCUGGCGUUAUUGCUCGCCGGAGGCCCAUAAUUGGGCGUGGCCAUCCGGCAUCAGCGUUUGGCAAGCCGCUUGGAGUGAUUUAUGUCUCGCGCCAGGCGGCCUUCAUGUCUCUCGUCAACCGUGCGAUCAAGCUGCUGGACGAGGGGCCUGGCGGCGCCAAGUGGUCCGCGACGAGAGUUUUGCCGCUGAACGAGCGCGCCAAGGCAAACCGACAGGCGAUAACAGGCCCGCCUGCUUCGGCGAAACGGUCAGACCUGCGGGCGGUGCGCCAGCGCGAGGUCCAUCUUCUUGCCACAGGCCAUGCGAUCAGCAAACUCACCCUAGUGGCGGCCUGGUUUCAGCGCCAACAGGGUUAUGUGGUGGAAGUACGGACGCGCUGGUCAGCCACGGUGGACGAUCUCUUAAUACCUGUGGGCGGGGACAGCAGCGACGGCAGUGGCAAGGGAGAGACCGGUGGCUUGGAACACCCACAAUCAGACGAACAGGAUAGAGAGCAGGACAAGACGGGCGAUACUGCGUCCCAAUGGCCAAGACACGAGACCCGGCUGAGAAAUGUCAGCUGUCUGGAGGUGGCCAUCCGGCUGGCAUAG